AACAACCUUUGUAUGGACAAACCCAUGCAAACCGGAGGAAGCUCCGGGGGCUCCUCUAAUGACAGAGGACGUGGCGGUUCAUCCUCCUCCAACCCAUCCUCCUCCGGAGGCGGCGGCGGUCGCAAAUCCUCCUCCUCCGGAGGUCAGUCGACUUCCUCCGGUUUGCCCCGCUGCAAGCCCGGUCAGAAUCAAAAAAACUGUCGAGGGGGGUCGGCGACAGGCCCCCAAGGCGCAGGGCCGGACUACGCAGGAAGGGACUGCACGUGCAAAUGUCGCCAUCCUCUAAUUCAACUAAACCCUCACCACCAGCACCAGAAUCAGCCAGGACAACAUCACAACUUCUAUCAGCAGCAGGGGGGAUAUCUGUAUCAUCAGUCGAUGACUUACCAGAAAUUAAACCAGCACGCAAGUCUGAUAAAUCAGCAGCAAAACGAAAGAGGAAGAACAAGGCCGGGGGUGAUCGGCAGCAACGCAAGCGUAAUAAGCACAAAUGCAGGCCCGUUAGAUAAUUGUCAGAGCCCGUGCAGGGGACCUUUCUUUACUGACCAGGAAUUAGAUUUUGCGGGGCUUUGGAUCAGUCUUUGGUCGGGGUUGUGUUGUGUGAGCACCCUGGCGACUUUGAUCACUUUUGUGAUAGAUACACAGAGAUUUAAGUACCCUGAACGCCCAAUAGUAUACCUAUCGUUUUGUUAUUUUAUGGUGUCAAUAGGAUACUUGACGCGGUUGGUUUCGGGUAAAGAAGCCAUCGCUUGCGAUGGCGACUCUGUUAAAUACUCAACAUCCGGACCAGACACAUGCACAGUCGUAUUUUUACUAGUCUACUUCUUCGGAAUGGCCAGUUCUGUAUGGUGGGUCAUCCUAACCUUCACCUGGUUCCUAGCAGCUGGUCUAAAAUGGGGCAACGAAGCCAUAGCUUCAUACGCAGCCUACUUCCAUUUAGCAGCCUGGGUUAUCCCAACCAUCAAAUCAGUGGCAGUCAUCAUGUCAUCUGCAAUCGACGGUGACCCAAUUGCCGGCAUUUGCUACACAGGCAAUCUAAACGCUGAUAACCUCAAAAUCUUCGUUUUGAUACCACUUUUCGCCUAUUUGUUGCUCGGAACUUUAUUCUUGUUGUGUGGUUUUGUGUCAUUGUUCAGGAUCAGGAAAGUUAUUAAAAGGCAAGGUGGAAGUGGAGCAGGUUUGAAAGCUGAUAAAUUGGAGAAGUUGAUGAUCAGGAUUGGGAUUUUUAGUGUUUUGUAUACUGUUCCUGCGAGCAUUGUUCUUGGUUGUCAUAUUUAUGAGAGCUCGCAGCAGACUGCGUGGUUGUCGGCGUUGGCUUGUCCUUGUGAACCACAGGUUCGUCCUUUGUACUCGGUCAUCAUGCUGAAGUACUUUAUGCUCCUUGCCGUUGGCAUAACCAGUGGUGUAUGGAUUUGGAGUGGAAAGACUGCCGAAGCCUGGAGGAUGUUUUGGAGACGACUUUGUUCUGGAAGCUCAGGAGGUCGAACCGGUAUGGGUGGUGCAAUGGGUGCAGCCAUGGGCGGUACUUUGGAUCCUCAUCGAGGAGGGGCUGAACAGCUCUCAUCAAACAAGGACCCCUGACCUCCGGAGUCAUGGGUUACCACCAGGCCGUAUAUGGUAACACAUUGCCGGCUGGAGGUGUGACAUCACUUGGCAGCACCACCUCCUAGCACCACACGUCGCCUCCGCCAACGCGGUCGCCAAUUCGGGUUCUGCGUCCUGCUGCAAACAAUCCUUAAGCCACGUAUGACGCCCAAAUGGGGACGGAGGCUCCGGGUCGCCAAAAAGGCACCCCCAACAAAACGGAGGACACCAAAGCGCAACUGAUCUCUAUAAUAAAUCAAACAAUAGUGUCGUGGGACACCAAAGUCUGGUGGGACACCAAAAUGUGGGUCACCAAGUGGCGAGCACCAGAUAUUGGCAGGACACCAGAUAAUAGACGUUUAUAAUAAACCAAAAAGUGCGACUAAUCAAAGUGAUGAUAAAAGUCACCAUUACGACGAUAUUGGGUGUCAGUACGAUGAUAACAGUCAUACGUAUGUAAGUAUAGCACAACCCUUUGAUGACACCAAAAACGACAGUGGUGAUAGGAUUUUAUCGCCUCUUGGUGGUGAUUUGAGGAGAACUGGUGACGGUGCCGAUACGCCCCAAAGUGGUGUACAAGGGCGCAAAAAUUACAGACUGAGUGGCGGUAACUUUGUUGCCAAUUCUGGUGCUGGAACUAACUAUGCUGCCAAUUCUGGUGGUUCUAGGUCACCACACGGUGAUCGUUCUCAUGAUUAUGGAGUGAUGUGAAAUUAAUUGACUUUUUUAGACAUAAGUUAAAAUUUUGAUACUAACCGCCACUUUUUUAUUGUUAAUAUUUAAGAUUAAAUGAAGACGUGAAGGUAUAGUCAUAUUUGUAAUAUAUUUUAGUGCAAAAGAAAUCUAAAUUGCCAUUGGUGGAUGUAUUACUUCACUAUUCACUAAGGAAUGCAAUACAGAUGAAAAAUUUCAAUACCGGUUUUUCGGUAAUUUUUCAUUUUAAAACCGGUAAAUUACCUGUGUUUUUAUUGAUAGAUGAACAAUUUUUUCAAAAUUGCUAGCUUUAUUCGAUAAAUACUUUAAAUUCAUAUAUUAUCGUCAUGUCGCCCGAACCUAACACGGCGCUUUUCUAUACAUUUUUACUUAGGCUUGGGUACGCAUGGUGAGCAUAAGUCAAUAUUAUCUUAAACAAACGUAAACAAAAUUGAA